UUAACAAGACGCCAUCUUUGCUUGUCGUGUGAGUUUUGCACUGGUUUGCACCUAUAUAUAUUUAUAAAAACAUAUAUGUAUACAUAUAAAAGUACAUUUUGGCAUAUAAAUAUGUAUAUUGGUUUUUAAAAAUCAUAUACAAGAAUGGCUUAUUGAACCCCCUGUGAUUCUUUGUAUUACAUAAAUGACAUUACGUAUUUACAUACAAAUGAGUGCUUCAACACGUGGUGUAUUUUUUUAUUUUUGUUUAAUAAUACUCAAAAAUUUUAUUAUCAAUUAUUAUUUAAAUAAUUAAUUUUGUUAUUAUGUUUAUGUGAUGGUUAAUAUAUUUUCAAGUACAUAUAUACAUAGGUAUAUAUAAAUUAUAAAAAUUUUAUCAUGCUGACAGCAUCUUUGUUAGUUUCAGUUUUAGUUUGUUGCCAACACAUACACUCAUACAUAAACAAGGCGUUUUCUCUUUCUUAAUUUUAUAUAUGCAUCUCUCAAAGUCUCAAUCUAAAUUUAUACAUGUAUUAAUAACAACCACAAAAUUAUUAUGGAUAAAUAAUAUGUGUUAAUAUUUAUAAAUUAUUUAAAAAAUGAAACGGAGUAUUUUAAUGUAUUUUAUUAUUUUUCUAAUGGUUUUUUAAACAGUGCUAAAUAUAGUUAAAUAAAUUUAAAAAAAAAAUGACACAAGUUUAAUUGUUGAUUAAUUUAAAGCUACAUUAAUAAUAAUUUAAAAAAAAAAAAUGGAUGAGUGUAUGUUAAAUGACUUGUUGGAGUGUUCAGUGUGUUUAGAAAGAUUAGAUACAUCAAGUAAAGUAUUACCAUGUCAACAUACAUUUUGUAAAAAAUGUCUUGAAGAAAUAAUGAAUCGACAUCGUGAAUUACGAUGUCCAGAAUGUCGUGUACUUGUUGAUAUUAAAAUAGAUAAUUUACCACCAAAUGUAUUAUUAAUGAGAAUACUUGAAGGUAUGCGAAAUGCCACUCCAAAAUCAACUAAAUCACAUGUAAGAAAUACACCAGGACAACAACAACAACAACAACGACAUUUUAGAAAUCAUCAAAAUGUUAAUGUACCAAAUUCUGUUAGUACAAAUGUAUCACCAAUAAUGGUAACUGUUGAUCCAACACGUCAUCCAGAUACUUCAGCAAAACAAGUACAUUUACAUAAUCAACCUUAUGGAAGAGCUAUUUAUGAUUAUAUAUCAAAAGUACCAGGUGAUUUGUCAUUUAAAAAAGGUGAAAUUGUUGUAUUGAGAAAAAAAAUUGAUAACAAUUGGUAUUUUGGUGAAUCUGGAGGUAAUUAUGGAGUAUUUCCAUUGUCGUAUAUUCAGGUAAUGACUCCACUACCACCUCAUGUACCACAAUGUAAAGCAAUGUAUGAUUUUCGUAUGACAAAUGAUGAAGAAGAUGGCUGUUUAACAUUCAACAAGGGUGAAGUAAUAAGUGUAAUACGUCGAGUAGAUGAAAAUUGGGCUGAAGGAAAAUUAUUAGAUAAAGUUGGAAUAUUUCCUUUAGCAUUUGUUGAAUUAAAUAGUGUUGCACGUGCAUUAAUGAAAUUAUCAAGUAAUGUACAACCAGGACCAUCAAGAGUUGCACCACCAACACCAACAAAUGAUGAUACAACACCAUUAAUACCAACAGAUCAUACAAGAAAUAUACAAACAUCAAAUCAACCAAGGCCACAGCAAGUAAUUGCAUCAACUCUUCUAGUCUCUGAUUCAUCAUCAUCAACAGUAUCAUCAAGUGGUAGUUCAACAACAACAACAAGUCCAAAUACACCAAAUAGUUCAACUACAUCAAGUAGUUCAAGUACAGCACCAAGUAGUCCAUGUAGUCCAAUAUCAUCACCAUCAACUGUUGGUGGUGGUAGUGGUGGUAUUAAUCGUGUUAAACGUCAUAGUUUUACAGCAAUAAAUAAUGCUCAUCCACCAUUAUUACAAAAUCAUCCACAUCAUCGUCAUAGUGCUGAAAUUCUCAGUCAACCUGAUACAAAUUUUAAUGAUACAACAACAACUGUUACUGCUGCUGCAACAGCUACAAUAACAACAACAACUAUUGCUACAACAACAACUACAACAACUCCAAUUAAUAAUAGUAAUAAUAUAGUAACAAGUGGUGAACAUAAUAUACGUCAUCGUCGUAGUGGUAGUAGUGAUCUUGUAUUAACUCAACUUUCAUCAAAUCAUACAAUUUUUAAUACAACAAAUUUACCAACAGCAUAUAUUGCAUUAUAUCCAUAUAAACCACAAAAAGCUGAUGAACUUGAAUUACGAAAAGGUGGUAUUUAUAUGGUUACUGAAAGAUGUCAAGAUGGUUGGUUUAAAGGUACAUCAAAUCGUACACAAAAAUGUGGUGUUUUUCCAGGUAAUUAUGUUACACCAGCAAAAUGUCAAAGAGGUAUUUGUCGUGUUAUACCACCAAGUAAUCAUCCAAAUUCACUUAUAUCAAUACAUCCAUCAAAUGAUCCAAGAACAACUGUAACAUAUACUAAAAAUAAAAAUACAUUAUCAACACAAUGUAAUUCAAGAUCAUUACCACCACCUGAAUUACCACCACGUGCUAUUAGUCCAUCACCAGCAGUAUCUGCAUCUUGGCAUGGACAAGCACAAGGUCAAAGUUCAACAAUUACAAAUGAACAAGCAUCAUCAAAUCCAUUGGGACGUAGUCACAGUGCUGUUAUGACAUCUAAUAUUGCAUCUCCUGGUAAAACAACACUUACACCAGCAUCUCCAUCAACAAUUAGUUGUCCUGUUGAUUCAAAUCGUAGUCCAAAUAAUACUUUACGAUUAACUGGUGGUGUUACACCAUCACCACCAUCACCAAACACCUCAAAUUCAUCAACAAAUACAGCAUCAUCAUCAGCUAAAAAUUCAGAUAAAAUUAAGUCGAAAGAAAAAAAAGAAAAAGGUGUUUCUAUUAUGCGACGAUUGACUAAUAUGAAAAAAUCAAAAUCACCACCUCCAGCACCUUAUUCGAUGGACAAUCCUGUAUUUGAUGAUGGAAAUUUUACAUCAUCAUCUAAUGCUGUACAUGUUCGAAGUGGUGAUACAGCUGGUGGUGUAGUUCCAACAACUGCUCGUGGUAAUCAUCAUCAAAAAAGCAAUUCAUUAGAUGCUGGAAUGGGAAAACAAAGCAAACAACAAUUGGUCCCACGAGAAAGAGAACGUCUUAAUAGAUUUCGUUGCAUCGUGCCAUAUCCACCAAAUAGUGAAUUUGAGCUUGAAUUACGAGUUGGUGAUAUAAUUUAUGUUCAAAAAAAACGUGAUGAUGGCUGGUAUAAAGGCACACUUCAACGUACUGGACGUUCUGGAUUAUUUCCAGCAAGCUUUGUUGAAUCUUUUUAAAUAUUUUUUAUUUAAAAAGAAAUUAAAAAUCAAUAGUUACUAAUAGUCAUGCAGCUAUUAAUUUAAUUCUAUUUGAUAUUUAAAGUAUUGAAUUAAUAAACAACAUAUUCUCUUUUUUUUUUUUUUAAUAGAGAAAAAUUAAGUUAUAAAAAAAAAAAAAAGAGGGAUCAAGAAAAUACAAUUGAUUAUUGUCACAAAAACAAAUACUCAAAUUAACGUACAAUUUUUAUAACUGCCAUUGGUUUGAGGAGUUUUAAAAUGUUAGCUAAACGUAACAUCACUUUUAUAAAUAAUAUACUCUUAGCUUUAUAAAAUAAUUAUACAUUUUUAAGUAAAUUUAAUUAGUGCUAAAAUUAGCAAAUUUUAAAAACGUUCGUAAAAUACACAGUGGUAUUGAAAAGUCAUAUAUUUUAAUUUAUUUUAAAUUGACAAAUAAUUGCAAUCAACGUAUUGAUGUUUAUAAAAAAUAAUACGGCACAAUUUAUAUUGUAGUUUAGAAAAUAUAAUUAUUUAAAAUUAUAAAUAACAAGCACUCCCAGUAUGAUCCAGUUUAAAAUUUCUAACUAAAAUUAUAAAUUGACAAUUAAAAAUAAUUAAAAUAGUACUAAAAAAAAAAUUAAACAAGCUUUUUAUUAUUUGAUAUUUAUAAUCUGUUGAUAUUAAUUUUUAUAUAUUUUAAAAUUUCAUUUGGUACUGUUUUAAUUUUUUUUUUUUAAUGUAGAUAUUUUAAACAAGAAAAAAAUUAUUUACAUGUGUAAAUUAGAAUGACGUAGUUACAUAGAUUUUUUUAUUUCUCUAAUUGUUUUAUAUUUUUUUUAUCAGCCCAUUUAUUUUUUAUAUAAAUCAAAUUUUUUAUUAUCAAGGUUUUUUUUUUUUACCAAAUAAAAAUCAUACUGCCAUGAGUUUUUUAUCGGAGAUUAUUUUAAUUAGUUUAAAUUUUUUGUAGAGAUUAAGACUGUAAAAAAAAUAGACAAACUAUUGUUUUUACAAUGUGAAAAAACAAACAAUUAAAUUAAUAAAUGUGUAACUUUGAAAUCAUUGUAAAAAAAUUGAUAAAUUAGCACUAAUUUUAUUAGUAUUUAUACCAAUAUUAAAGUAAAAUAACACUUAGUUGCACAGCUGGUCAAUAAUAUUCUGUAUAAUUAUUAGCAUUUUUGUUUUAUCAUUUAAAAAAAUUUCAUAUCUACUUUAAAAUAACGUAUUCAACUAAUAUACUCAUUUUAUUUAUUUAUUAUUUAUUUGUUUAUUUAUUUAUGUUGAAAAUUUUAAGUAUGAUAUUAUUUUUAAACAAAACAAAACCUUUUAGAGCUGCAAUAAUAAUUUUUUUAAAAAUCACGUGUUGAAGAAAAAUGUAUGAAAAACCAAAAAAAAAAAAAAAUAAAAACAUUAGAGAUUUAAAAGAAAUUGUUUAUCGAUUAUUGUGAGAAUGGACAAAUUAAUAGCAAGUUUUUAUACGUUUGUUGUGUUUAUUUUUUCGAAAUUUAUAUGAUGUCCAUUAUAAAUUGGUUACACUGUUUGAA